ACGCGCAACCAACAACUUGCAACAGUCGCAAACUCAGUUGGCCCGUCGUAAGGCAGAGUGUAUUCUAAAGAAUAACAGAGAAUUCGUUGUUUUUGAAAAUAAUAAAAAAAACACGAAAAUCACAAAUAAUUAAGCACUAAAAGUACGGUGCUGUGCAAUUAAGUGGAGGUCACAGGAGUAGCGAAAAUAUAUAUCUUAAUUGCAGAAGCAAUUAAUAAAAUUUGCGCAGCGUACCAAAAACUUUCAACGUAUUCCAGUAUUAGUUUGCUGCUACGGCAUUUGUUGGUCGGGUUUUUUCUUGUGUUAAAGCAGUUACAGCAACAACAACAACACAACCAUGUCGAUCUCUGACUUCCGUAAGAAGAAAUUGCUCUUCCUUUUCAACGUUUUCUUUGAUGUCAAUCAGAGCGGCGAAAUCGACGUUAAAGACUUUGAGUUGGCCAUUGAGCGCGUUUGCCAACUACGCGGCUGGGCAGAGAAUACGCCAAAGAAUAAAGAGAUCCAUGCGGUCAUGCUGGAAAUCUGGGAGGGACUGCGCUCCAAAGCUGACAAGGAUAACGAUGGACAGGUCUCAGUCGAUGAGUGGUGCAACAUGUGGGAUGCCUACGCCAAGGAUCCAAGCAGUGUUAUGGAUUGGCAAACAAAAUAUAUGAACUUCAUGUUCGACCUGGAGGAUGCCUCUACUGAUGGCAGCAUCGAUGUGGAUGAAUUCGCUUUGGUUUGCUCCAGUUAUGGCUUGGAUAAAUCCGAGUGUCAAGAUGCGUUUAAGAAAAUGUCACAGGGUAAAUCUGAGGUAACGCGUGAUCAAUUCGCUGCUUUGUGGAAGGAAUAUUUCGCUGCCGAAGAUGUGAAUGCGCCCGGAAAUUUCAUUUUCGGCAAAACUGCAUUUUAACGCACCAAAACUUGCCCAGCUGGCUAAUGAGCUCGACGCGAGCGCGUAGCUAGUCAUUAAAAAUUUUCAAGAGACGUUUUUCCAGCGCUCUUCACGAUGAAAUGGAGUGUGCGUGUAUGUUUAUGAGGAGAGAAGUUUGUUUCAAUAAAGCCUCGUUAGUAAAACGAUGGAAAAUGAUAAAUAAAUAUUAAUGAGAAAUUCUAAAUGAAUAAAUUAAAAAAAAAAAAAAUCUCGAAUGAAUAAUAAUUGAAUUUAAUAAAAUUUGCAAAGAAUGCCAGUUAACUUGUAUUAACAAAAAAUCUACUUUAUAAAAAUUGACAGCGAAAGAGAUCAGUUUAUUUAAAAUUGAAGAAAAAAAAAUACAUAUAUAUAUGAAAGAUUCCUGAUCAAUGUGCUCAAUUAAUUAUAUAUCUAUACAAAACAUAUAUAUAUAUAUCUAGAAAAGUAAAUAUUUAACUAUAUCGAAUGCUGUUACAUGCAUACAUAUGUACACAAAUGUAUUAUAAUGAUUUUUUGGCAUCUUAUACUCUCCCGUAUUUGUAGUCAAUCGAUCAAUGAAACAAACCUAAUUAGUAUGUAUGUAUGUGCAAAUAGCGUACAUUCCUGAUAUACACAUAUAUCUAUAUAGUGAGUGACUUAUUCGGUUUACUUUUUUUGUAUAAAUGUAGAUAAAUGUUCAUGUAACGAUUCUCAGUGGUAAAAAAAUACUAAUGUAGUCUUUAACAA